AUGAGUGCUCCCCAGGCUGGCAAUGGCCUGUCUGUCUCCAUCCCCAUCCCCGGCGCGGCCGCCGCCGAGCAGCCCGGCAGCGCGGCGACGCCCCACCGCUCGCAGACGCCGCGCGACGCCGACGGCGGCCCGCUGCCCAGCGGCCUGCCGCCCGCCAGCCCGGCAGGCAUGACGCCACGCGGCUCGGCGCGGCGCGGCGGGGAUGCCAGGCGCAGCGUGGACGGCGGCACCCCGCGCCGCAGCAUGGACGGCAGCCGCCGCGGCCGUCACACUGUCGAGGUGCCCCAGGGGGCAGAGCAGCAUGAGGGCUUGGUAGUCUCCCGCCAGGAGAAGUUUGGCUUCAUCAAGUGCACCUCACACGAGGGCCGAUACUUCUUUCAUGUCAACGACUCUGACGGCGGCGCCGCCUACGGGUCAACCGUCAGGUUUGUUGGGGCCAAGGAUUUGGACCCCCGCAAGGAAUGUCGCCUAUCAUCCGGCACGCCUGCCGAGGCCCAGGCCGGCCCCGCUGCCACGGCCGCCAAUGGCGGCGAGGCGCCCGCAGGUGGCCAGCAGCACCGCAUGCCCCAGCAGCAGCCGCAGGGCCAGGGCCACGCUCACACGCCCAGCCAGCCGGUGCCGCGCCGGCAGCAGCAGCAGCAGCACCAGGAUGCCUACGGCCGCACCGGGUUCGAGCACUUUGGCCACCACCGCCAGCCCUCCCCCGCCACGCAGCGCGACUGGCGCCUGCCGCAGCGCGAGGCCGCCGAGGCGCAGCAGCAGCAGCAGCAGCAGUCGAGGCGCAGCAGCGCGGCGGCGCUGGCGGCCUCAGGAUCUGGAGCCCUCUCCGAGUCCGGAGCCUCCACCGCCUCUGCCGCCCCGACAGUCGGCGGCGAGCCCGCCCAGCCCUCGCGCUACCGCGGCACCGUGGCGCAGGUGGCGCGUGCUGGGCGCCACCACCAGAUGGACGACGGCCUCCUGCUGUACAUCGACGAAGACGGGCAGCAGCAGCAGGCGCGGUACGGUACCUUCCGCCUGGCAGAGGGCACGCCCCGCCUGGAGCCCGGGGAUGUGGUUGAGUUUGAGGUGGGGGGCCACCCUGGGGCCGCCUCGGGCCACCGCAAGCUCGCCAACGACGUUCGCUUCCUGUCAAAGUCGCUGCAGCCCACGCCGUCAUCGGAGGCUGCUCUGGCUGCCAGCGAGGCAGGGGACUCGCUGCGCGGGCGCCAGCUGGGCCGCGUGGCGCUGCUGAAAAAGGAGUUUGGCUUCAUCCGACAGGUGGACCGCCCGGGAGACAUGUUCUUCCACUUCUCGCAGCUGGAUGGCUGGACGGCCGAGGGGGUCAAGGUGGGGGAUGAUGUGGAGUUCAACAUACGGCGGGACAGGGAGGGGAAGCUGAGCGCGGUACAGAUCCGCCGCGCGCCGCCCGGGUCGGUUGUGUUUGAGGUGAUUGGGGAGGAGCUGCUGCGAGGGGUGGUACUGGAGCGGCCCAUCGCCGGCAAGCAGUACAUGGGCACCAGCGGCGUGCUGGAGUACAGCACCGCGCCGGCAGAGGGGGAGGGAGGCGGGGAGGCGCCCGCGCCGCCGCCCGGCCUGCUGCCCGGCAUGCUCCCGGGCCUGCUGCCGGGCAAGGCGCGCCUGCCCUUCACGCCGCAGGACGUGCAGCAGGGCAGCGGCGCGCUGCGCCAGGGAGAUCACGUGACCUUCCGCAUCGCCACAAACCUGCAGGCGAGGCGGGGGCGGCGGGCCGGGGGGCGUGCAGCACGCGCCGCUAAGGCUGCGGCACUGGCCUCGGUGCCGGGCGCGGCGCAGUACGCUGGGCGGCGCGCGGUGGAGGUGGGCAUGGUGCGGUACGGCGGUACGGUGGCGCAGGUGAACCGCGAGCGCCAGUUUGGGUUCAUCCUGUACGGCGAGGACCAGCUGCUGGCGGGACCGGCAGCCGCGGCGCCCGCGGCGGCGCCCGCCGCUUCCGGCGACGAGCCCGCUGUGGCGGACAAGGGCGCGGAGGCAGCGGCGCCCGCCGCAGAUGGCGCUGCGCCCGCGGCAGACGUCGCCGCGCUCGCAGCAGACGGUGCUGCGCCGGCGGCGGACAGCGCCGCGCCGGCGGCAGAGGUGGCCCCGGCGGCCACGGAUGGCGCCGCGCCUGCCACGCCGGCAGCGGAGCAGGCCGCAGAGGGCGAGGUUACGGAGGCGGCGGAGGAGAAGAAGGGCGAGGGUGCGGAGGGCGCCCCUGAGGCCCCGGGCGCCGACGCCGAGGCCGGCGCCGACGGCGAUGGGGCCGUGGAGGCGGCGGCGUCAGCCCCUGCCGCCGCCGCGCCUCCGCCUCUGCCCAAGAAGAAGCUGUUCUUCCACUUCAAAGAGGUGUCUGGGCAGUACCUGCUGAAGCCGGGCGACGAGGUGGCCUUUGUGCUGCACUCCAACAUGAAGAGCGGCGAGCUGAAUGCGCAGCGCGUGCGGCGCACCAAGGAGGGGCCGGAGCUGCCGCCCACGCCGGAGCCCGCGCCGCGCCCCACCUCCUCCCCCGUGCCCGCCGUCAACCCUUACAAGAACCGCUACUCUGGCAACCUCACUCUGGGCAGCCACAAGCAGCCCAAGAUUGCCAAGGGGCCCGACGGCACCCGCGGCUUUGAGCUGCCGCGCCCGCACGCCAUCAUGCCGCCGCUGCCGGGCCUGGAGCCUAAACCGGAGACCGAGCCCGAGGAGGCGGCAGAGGAGGUGGAGGAGGAGCAGGCCGGGGAGGCCCCCGGCCAGGCGGCGGCGCAGCAGGCGCAGGAACCGGCGGCUGCUGCGGCCGCGGCCGCCGCCGCCGCCGCCGCGCUGCGCGGCCCGGCCCCCGCGGCCGCUGCCCCCGCAGCCACGCCUGCGCCCGCCGCCGGCGGCGGGGCGGCGCCCGGCGCCGACCCCUCCUCGCCCUCCUGGCAGGGCAGCACGCCCUUCUCGGCGCUGGCGGCAAUGACCCUGGCGGAUGCCACGGCGGCUGAGGCGAGCCUCAAGAAGCUGUCGCUGGGGGCGCACCUGAGCGCAGAGGCGCAGGUGUUUGUGCCGCGCGUGCUCAGCAGCGGCGCGCUGGACACCUCGCAGCCCGGCAGCAGCGGCAGCAAGUGA